AGGUACUCAAGAUAGGUGUUGCAACAUCCAUACCACUAACAACAUUGAACUGUUCCGUAUGAAAUUUCCUUAGCGUCUCUUGAAUUAUCUAGAAGUUGAAAAUGACAAGGACAUCUGAUAAUAAAGAUGAUGAGCCUGACAAGACAAGACAACUUUGGAGCAAAGUUCAAUCGAUCCAAUCACCGUUUAACUGGAGUUUGCCUGAACUUCGCAUUGAGACCGAAAAGUACAUUAGUAACCAGAAAUCAAAAUGUGAAGUAAUCGAAGAGGAUAACCAGUUCCAAUGGACAAGAUUUGUCUCCCAUCUUAUUCUGAGCUAUGAACUGUGCAAGCUGAAUAAUUACACAGAAGCCCUGGAGAGUAUCAACUGGUGCCAGGAACAUUGGAACUCCUUGUCAGACUGUAAUGAGCCACUUUUUCUUGAUGUGAAGGAGGUCAUGGCUCACGUCAUAUUGGCCACCAAAGCUCGAAUCCUUUUGUCAGCUGGGAAAGGCGAUUUGGCUGAAAAGGAGUUGUAUUUGUUGGAGCAUUAUCCAUAUGGUGAUGUCAGACCUCUUCGUACCAUGAAGAACCGAGCGGGUUUGCUAGGAUUGAAGGCAGCUACAUACUUACAAUACCAUACAGGACAAAGCUUAGCAAUCGAGGCGGCCAGAGGUGCCAAGAACCUCGACCCAGAUCAAGCAGAAUGGUGGUUUAUCCUUGGAGUUGCUCUUGGCAAGGCUCGAAGAUCUAGGGUUGGUGGUAAACCCAAUUUCUCAGAAAUAUCAACAGAAGAAAUAGAAUCUAUUGAGAAGGCCUUUACUCUACAGAAGGAUGCAUCAUACACUGUACAUCUGGCUCAAUUAUAUGGGGAUCUAUCCGUAAAAAUGGGUACAAAAUGGGACACCGAAAGAUCUAGGCGAUACGCUGAAAAAGCAGAGAUGAGAUAUCGAGAGGCAUUAAAACUUCGACCCAACUGCACCAGUUUGAAGGCGCGCGUCGCCCAUGGCUUGAUGAAGGUGCGAAGUAAAGAUAGAGCUAUAAUCAAAAGGCUACUGGAGGAAGUAGUGGAUGCCGCCCCAACCAGGGGUUUACCUUACGCUGACUUGGGAAAAUACUACACGUUUGUAGAAAAGGAUAUUCAGAAAGCAAUUCUUAACCAGCAAAUGGCAUUUGAAAUGGGAAUGGCAAACGUUAUGCUUUAUUUGAUACCAUCAAAGUGGACCAAUGGUUACGAACAUCAGAUAAUUGACGAUCUCAAGAAGGGUUUGGAGAUUUACAAUCAAAACGUUGAGAACCUUGCGAUGAUACAUGCUUACCUCGGUACUUGCUACUUACUCAUGGACGACGACUGGGCGUCCGCAAUACCAAGCUUCCAGAAGUCUUUGGAAUUGGAUCCAUCCGCCAAAUGUUUGGAGAAUUUCAGGAGCUUUGACUCGAAAUGGGUCAAUCUUCUUGAGAUGGUCACAAAUUAUAUAAAUUACAACCCUAUUGAAGAAUGUCAAGACCAAGCAAAAGCCUUUUUACAAGAAGUCUCUGAAAAGAAACCACAAACACUUAAAAUCAUCAAGAAACACGAUUAUACAUCGUGGAAGAGAGAAGUACUAAGUAAAAAGAUGCAUCGAGAUUCCGAUGCGAAAUCGAGCACUGGUUCUAAACGCGUAGAAGUGAAUGAGGCGAUCCCGAACUCGAACUCCAACACAGAUCAAGUGACCAUGGGACUGCUAUCAACCCAACUGGCGGAACUUGUGAAAAUGGUUAACACUCUAGCUACGAAGGAGGACGCCAAUACGAGGAUAGGCUCUGAUCUCAGGUUGGUGAGGGAGGAAGUCAAUGAGCUUGACGAGAAGGUAGAUGCUCUAGAGCCUCGGGUGACAGAAACUGAAGAUCGCCUGGAAGUAAUGGAGAAUAAGAUUGAAACAAUGGAGCGAGCCCUGUCCGAUAUCGCUGGCCUGGAGGAGAUUGUAAAGGAAGUGACAAACAGAAUGAAACGGGCACCAAACGUAGUCCUUUACAGUCUACCAGAACAGAUGGACGAGCCGUUGGAGUCUAGGAUAGCCUAUGACAAGAGUUUGGUAGUCAAAGUAGGCCAGGCCACUAACCAAGAGAUUGACGUCAAACACAUCAAGGCGCGCCGCAUAGGUAAGCCCACAUGGGGAAAAUGUAGACCAUUGGUAGUCUCUUUCGAUACUGAGAAGGAGGCAAAAGCUUUCCUGAACAAUUUCGAUCUAGAUUUGGUUAAAUGUUUUCAUCCCGAUUAGGCCAACGUUGGAGUGGCCAGGGAUAAAACUGACAGCGAAUGUCAGUAUUACAGGUCCUUGAAACAGGAGUUGGAGAAACGCACCAAUGCGGGAGAAACAAACUUGAUCAUCAGGUACAAGAAUGGGAUACCUCAAAUCUGUAAUAGAUACUGAAUUACUUGAAUUGUAUCUCAGGGCUCUGCAGCAUGUUGGUAAACCAUAAUAUGAAUUGCUUUUACAUUUACGCUUAGUCAUUUACGUUAUUAAUUAUUUUACUAAAAUAGUGGGUUGUUUAAUUGCUCUAAUUAUGGUGUUUGGGUACAUUAUUGUAUUUUAUAUAAUCAUAUAUACAUUAAAAUAUU